AAUCAACACAAUUUAGACCUAGCCAUUAAGAGCGAAAAUGGAUAUGAUCAAAGUCCAAAUCAUCUCCACCGAAACCAUCAAACCUUCCCCUUCGGCUCUACCCCAUCUAAAAACUUUCAAUCUCUCUCGUUUUGAUCAGUUAGCUCCUCCAGUUUACGUACCAAUUCUUCUUUUUUACUCUCCUACUGAUGAUCUCAAAAAUCAUAGGACAAGAUGGUCGGAUCACCUCAAGAAAUCACUCUCAAAAACAUUAGCCCACUUCUAUCCAUUUGCCGGACAGAUCAACAAGGAUGAUGCCUUCACAAUUGACUGCAACGAUCGUGGUGCCACCUACGUUGAAGCUCAAGUAGAAGCUGAGAUGUCUGAUGUGGUUCUUAAUGGACCAGAGAUUGAUAUGCUACAAAGGUUACUUCCUUGUGAUCCACUUGAAAAGUUUGCUGAUCCCAGUAGUCGGGUAAUCCUAGCAGUUCAGGUUAAUUACUUUGCUUGUGGUGGCAUGGCCAUUGGUGUAUGCAUUAGUCAUGCAAUUGCAGAUGCGUCAUCUACAGCGAGCUUUGUUAAAAGCUGGGCAGCAACUGCUUCUGGAGUAAAUGGUAUUGACGUUAAUGGUGUGAUUUACGAUUGCACCUCUCUCUUCCCUCCGAUAGAUUCAACAGAGUUACAACAGCUCAUGGAAAAAAGAAUGAAAAUGCGACAAGCCAAUCCUGUAAUGAAAAGGUUUUUGUUUGAUGGUUCGAAGAUAGCUGCUUUAAGAAACAAAAUCAGCAUGGAGGCGAAAGAAUGUUUUUACCGUCCCACACGCGUGGAGGCUGUCUCCGCGCUCAUAUGGGGCGCUGUGAUGGCUAUGGAGAAGACUGGAAAUAUUCCAAUGCAUGUGGCAGUAUUUCCAGUGAACCUAAGGAAGAUAAUGAAUCCGGUGUUACCUGAAUUGUGCAUUGGAAACAUCUACCAACUUACCAUGGCAACUUCGAUGAUGGAGAAGAACAUAAAACACAGCAGUCUAGCUGGAAAAAUUCACGAGUCAAUAAAAAGGAUGAAAGAGGAGUAUGUGAGGAAGCGUUGUGAAUACUUAAACAUGAUGAUCAGAAAAAGUAAUGCCGAUGAAUCAAAGAAUGGGGGUGGGAAGUAAAAUCUGUUAAGUGUGAAAAUCUCACAUUAAGUAUAAAAGUAAGAAACUUGU